AUGGCGCUUUCUGCAGCUUUCAAGGAGAGACUAGAUCAAAUGGAGUUUACCAGAAACCAGCGACUUCAUCUUCUCCAGGCAGAGAAGGAGCUACAAAUUGAAAAAUCACAGAUGUUAGCAUCGAAGCACGCAAGCAUACAAUCCAUAGAACGUAAAUGUUUGAUGCUCGACCAGAAGAUCGCAGCACAAAACCUCAAGAUCACACUGCUCAGAUCUACCAUCCACGAUCUCGAUUCCAAAUACCACUCCUCUAUUCAGCAACUUAGGACGGUAAAGAGCGAGGUUGAAGAGUUAAAGGAGUUAGACAAAGAGAGGGAAAAGUAUUACAAGCUGAAAUGCUCCGAGAUGAAUGAGUUUAUGAAAAAUGUGGAGCGGUUCAGAUCAGAGAAUCGGUUACAAGUGGAGAAUCUGAGAGACCAAGUUAAGGAGCUUAGCUCAACGUUCGAGGAAAUACAUCACAAGAACAAUUAUCUGAGGAAUACAAAUCAAAAGGAGGUGCACCGUUUGAGAUCUACAGUCAAUGCUUAUCGCAUUCGGUGGAACUGAGUUCAAACUACGAAACACGUAUAUCCUCGAGCCCACCGCGACAAAACCUCUCUGGCAACGCAUAUAUUUGGAAAGCGAAGGGAUAAGGACCAAGCUGUGACUGCCGUUGGCUUUCCGGCGGAGAC